CCGGAGUGCGGAGGAAGUGUCAGUCAUUCAAAAAACAAGCGAGUUCGGUGUCAACUAGAUGUAGAUUUCGGUGCUACAAACCUGCGUUUGUUUCUAUAAAAAUUUCCAUGUUCGUUUGAAUAUCACCGCUGACUUACUGUCAGCUGGAUGCUCGUGUCUAGACGGGUUUUAAUCACUCGGCGAAUGUAAGCGAAGUGAAGUGAGAGAGUGGACCACAUUAUGAAGGCGCUGAUCCUGGUCGGGGGCUACGGCACGAGGCUUCGGCCGCUCACUCUGAGUGUGCCCAAGCCCCUGGUGGAGUUCUGCAACAAGCCCAUCCUCUUGCACCAGGUUGAAGCCCUGGUCAAGGCUGGAGUCAACCAUGUAAUCCUGGCUGUGAGCUACAUGUCUGACCUACUGGAGCGAGAGAUGCGAGCCCAGGAGCACAGGCUUGGAAUAAAGAUUUCCUUGUCCCAUGAGAAAGAACCCUUGGGAACAGCGGGGCCCCUUGCCUUGGCCAGGGAGCUGCUGACAGACAACACGGACCCCUUCUUUGUGCUUAACAGCGACGUCAUCUGCGACUUCCCCUUCGAAGACAUGCUCAAGUUCCACAAGCACCAUGGAAAAGAAGGCACUAUUGUGGUAACCAAGGUGGAGGAGCCCUCCAAGUACGGUGUGGUUGUUUAUGAGGCCGAGAGCGGCUGCAUCCACCGCUUUGUAGAGAAACCACAGGUGUUUGUGUCUAACAAGAUCAACGCGGGGAUGUACAUCUUCAGCCCUUCCAUGCUGGAUAGGAUACAGCUGAGGCCUACUUCCAUUGAGAAGGAGAUUUUCCCAAACAUGGCCCAGGAAGGGCAUCUGUAUGCUAUGGAGCUCCAGGGGUUCUGGAUGGACAUUGGCCAGCCUAAGGACUUCCUAACAGGAAUGUGCAUGUACCUGCAGUCUGUGAGGCAACACAGUCCAGAGAAACUGCGCACAGGACCUGGUUUCUUGGGCAAUGUCCUGGUGGACCCUACAGCUCAGAUUGGGGAGAACUGCACCAUCGGACCCAAUGUGACGUUGGGGGCUGGGGUGGUGCUGGAGGAUGGUGUGCGGAUCAAGCGAUGCACUGUUCUGAAGGGGGCCCGUGUGCGCUCCCACUCCUGGCUGGAGUCCUGCAUCGUGGGCUGGAGUUCCUCUGUGGGCCAGUGGGUGCGAAUGGAGAAUGUGACUGUUCUCGGAGAAGACGUGAUCGUGCACGAUGAGCUGUACCUCAACGGGGCCAAUGUGCUGCCUCAUAAGUCCAUCACAGACUCUGUGCCUGAGCCACGGAUCAUCAUGUAGGCUGGAGUCCCGUCCUCAGGCGUGUCGGCUGGCUGUGGGUGGAGGGUGAAAGGGGCUUGGUGCCGGAAGGCCCAGGGCAGACACUCGGCUCAGUGCCUGCCAGCAGCAGUGGAGGCUCGCCAAACAGAUGACGGAAGAGAGAUUUAGAACUUGGACCGUACAAGAUUCACUAUGCAUAACCGAUAAUAGCUGGCAGUUGUCAUACAGAGUGUGGGAGUGAAGAUUGUUUGCAUAUAUAUAUGUCUGUGUGCCUGUUGGUGAGAGCGCAAGGAUGUCCUGAAUGUAUAGUGUGCUGGCUCAUGAGCUUGCUAGAGUUUGGAGAUGGGAUGUGGGAAUGUUAGGGGGAUUAGACCUUACUUAAAAAAUUGGAGGUGUUCGGUUUGUGUGCACACAAGAGCAUGUAGGAGUGGUUGGAUGUAACCACAGUACAUCAGCAGUGACAGAAUUGCAUACUCCUGUGGCAGCGGGUUAAACUUGUUUGAAGAAAUAUUUAUAUUUUUGUGAAUACUCAUGAGGCAUGCGAGGAAAGGACUGCAAGGUUAUGGUUGUUUCAAUGCAAACAAUGCCUUACGUUGGUUGUAUCUGGUCUUACUAUUGCAUCUCUGUUGUCAUUAGCCAACAACCAUUGUGCCCUGUGUCAGUAUGAACAUGAACAACGAAAUGACUUCCCGUCAUGUCAAAGAUUCUAUUUAACCAUGAUUCAACAGCCUUAACUUUAUGUAGAUGAAGUUGAGCUUGUAAAUCAAUGCUGUUCCUAAGCCUCCAAAGUUUAAAGAAACAUCACAACCCAUUCGCUUCAAAUUGAGGCUUGUUAUUUUUAAGACUGUUUAGAACUUUUAAAAUAUGGUAAUUAGUUUUGGUGGUUUUGCUCUGUGACAAAUCACAACUGUAUUGUCCUGACAGUAUAAUGGGGGAACUAAUGAAGGAAUAAAGGGCAGCACCUAGCGUAGAGAUUAGAGCCUUUGCUUUUUCAUCAAAGAACACAGGUUCAGAUCCCACCCACAACAGUUCUAGGUCUCAGCCAGGUACUUACCCUAAAUUUCUCAAGUAAAUAUUGCC